UAUCGUCAGUCAGUGUGCGUGCUCCAUGCGAAAGACAAGGCUUCCUCGCACGAGAGCUGGCCUGGAGGUUAAACGGACAGUAUUUCUCAGUGAAUUGAAGCACAUAAAACUGUGGAAGUUCAUGUAAAAAAGGCUUGUGUGUCUCAAUAGGAAGACAGGGAGCAUGGAUUCUUCGAAAAAGCCGGAAAAGAAAAAUCCUCGUGCUGGAGCUUCAAUCUUCUCCCAAUUGUUCUUCACUUGGACAAUACCCGUGCUAUUUCAGGCCUCACGAAGAGGACUGUCUCAGGAGGAUCUCACAGAGUGCCUGAAGAAGGAUCAAUCGGACAAAUUAGGUGACAAACUCGAACAGGAAUGGGAGAGAGAAGUCCAGAAAGCCAAUCAGGAACACCGUGAACCCAAUUUGAGAUCAGCAAUUAUUCGACUGUAUCUUUCUCCUUGUCUCCUCGAUGGAUUCCUCAUUUUCCUCUUUGUCUUAAUUAAAUCUUCUCUGCCUGUUGUUCUCGCUCAGUUUCUUCUACAAUUCCAGCGUCCUCCAACAACAGAAUUCCUUGUGGGAUUGUCAGUGAAUCCAGAUGAUGACCACUUUAAUCGAACUACACGGGCAAUUGUUCAAAAUGCAACAGGUAACUUGAUUGAUUCUCCGCCGGAAAUUACUUUUGAUGGAGCAAUGGAAACACUGGAAAUGUCCACAAAGUCCCAGUGGACUUCAACGGUAUGGAAUGAUAUGUACUGCCUGGCAGCUGGAGUGGUCAGUUUAACCUUCCUGGCCUGUAUCAUCAACCAUCAUGCGGAUCUGCGACUGAGAAUGCUAGGAGCACGUCUCCGGAUAGCCUGCUGUGCCCUCAUUUACCGGAAAACGCUACGAGUGUCAAAGAAAGCCGCAGGACAGACAUCUACAGGCUACCUGGUGAAUCUCCUGUCCAAUGAUGUAAGUCGCCUGGAUUUUGUUUUCCAAUUUAUGCACUAUGUAUGGAUCUUGCCCUUCCAAUCUAUCCUGAUAAGUUACCUGAUCUGGAGGCAAGUUGGCCUGGCAUCCUUGGUGGGUGUUGUUGGUCUCCUGCUCAAGACAAUUCCUGUCCAAACUGGCCUCAGUCGUCUCAGUUCGAUGUUGAGGGUGAAAGUGGCCAAGAGAACUGAUCACAGAGUCGGAAUAAUGAAUGAACUGAUCCAGGGAAUUAAAUUGAUCAAAACAUAUGCCUGGGAGAUUCCCUUUCAGGCAAUCGUAGCCGAAGCGAGACGUCGUGAAGUUAAACAAAUCCGGAGAGCUUCCUACAUUCGAGGAAUUUAUCUCAGCACAAUGGUCUUCACCGAGAGAUCAACUCUCUUCAUCACAAUAGCUGCCUGUGUCUAUCUGGGAUAUCCCAUCACGGCGGACGUUGUCUUCUCCAUGGCACAAUUCUUCAAUAUUCUUCAGCUCACAGCGGCAAUUUUCUAUCCACUAGCCCUGUCCCUAUGGGCAGAAGCCAGUGUUUCAGUGGUGAGAAUUGGGGAUUAUUUGAAAUUUGAAGAGCAGGAUGAAGUUGUCCAGGGCCUGAACCACCAUGAAGAUGCAAAAGAUGCCGAUUUAGCCAUUGAAUUAGCUAAUUUAUCGGCCACUUGGGAAAGUGAAAAAGUCAAGACUCUCCAAGAUGUGAGCUUCAGCGUAAAACCUGGACAGUUGUGUGCUGUCAUUGGACCAGUAGGAUCUGGCAAGAGUAGUCUACUGCAGCUCCUUCUCGGCGAGAUGCCAAUUCACACAGGAACAGCCACUAUCAAUGGUGCCCUUUCAUAUGCAUCUCAAGAGCCCUGGCUCUUCACAGGUUCCGUUCGGCACAACAUCCUCUUCGGUCAGCCCUACGAUCGACGCCGAUACCAUGAAGUUGUUCGACACUGUGCUCUCCUCACAGAUUUCGAGCAGCUUCCCAAUGGUGAUCAGACGAUGGUGGGCGAACGAGGAGCCGCUCUGUCUGGUGGUCAAAAAGCGAGAAUAAGUCUCGCACGCUGUGUCUAUCGUGAAGCCUCGGUCUACCUUCUCGAUGAUCCACUGAGCGCCGUUGACGCCCACGUGGGCCGACAUCUGUUCGACGAAGUCAUCGGAUCGAAUGGAUGUCUGGCACGCAAUAAAAGUACACGUCUUCUGGUCACUCACCAGGUGCACUAUCUCAAAUCAGCUGACUGGAUCAUUAUCAUUGACAAUGGAAAAAUUUCACGACAAGGCACCUAUACAGAACUUUCAAACAGCAAUUUGGAUUUUGCCAAAUUGUUGCAGAGAGAGGAACGUACACCUGAGAAAGUUAAACAUCCCUCCGUAUCAUCGCUUGAAGCUGAAAGUGACGAUGAAGAUAUACCCUUCAUAGACGGCUAUGUUGGCAUUAAGAAACGAUCCUCUUCUGAAUCAUCGAAACAGAGCAAAUUGGACUCUGCAGAUUUUCAUGAAGAGGAUGAUCGAGAAGAGAAAGAAGAUCAAGCGGCAGGAAAUGUUUCCAUUAAAGUAUGGAAACGGUAUUUCUUUUCCGGGAGCAACUGCUGCGGAUUACUCAUCCUUUUGAUUGUCUUCAUUUCUUCCCAAGUUGUUACGAGUGGUUCAGAUUACUUUGUCAAUUUCUGGACUCAACAAGAAUUCCUGCGGAGUCUCGAUCGUGUUACUCUCUUUACCACAGAAGAAUGCCUCAUAAUCUACGGUCUCCUGAUUCUUGGAGUUAUUUUUAUGACGACAAUUCGUGGAUGGAUGUUUUUCAAUCUGUGCAUGAGAGCAUCCAAACAACUUCACAAUAAAAUGUUCGGCAGUAUCCUACAUUCGGCAAUGCUGUUUUUCGAUGCUAAUCCUUCUGGAAGGAUUCUAAAUCGAUUUUCGCGAGAUAUGGGUGCAAUUGAUGAGAUGCUCCCAAAAGCAAUGAUGGAUUCAGUACAAAUUGGAUUAGUGAUGAUUGGUAUUUUAGCCAUGGUGAGCAUUGUCAAUCCCUAUCUUCUAGUAGCUCUAGCAUUGGCAGUUGUUUUGUUCUCCAUGGUACUCAAAAUCUACCUACCAGCAUCCCAAGAUCUUAAGCGACUUGAAGGAAUCUGUCGUAGUCCAAUCUUUUCGUAUGUCUCUGCAAGUCUUGCGGGAUUAUCAACAAUUCGCUCUUCCAAAAUCCAAAACAGAAUCUCCAGUGAAUUCGACAGUCUCCAGGAUGUUCACAGUGGCGUAUGGCAAGUGACAUAUUCAACAAAUACUGCUCUUGGUCUGUGGCUUGAUUGCAUCAGUACAGCCUUUGUGGCUGCUGUGACAUUCAGUUUUCUCGCUCUCCACGAAACCUUCAGUGGAAAUGUGGGCCUGGCUGUGUCUCAGGCCCUCAUUCUCACGGGAAUGGUUCAGUAUGGGGUGCGUCAGACGACUGAGUCUCUGCAGCAGAUGACAAGUGUUGAACGAGUUUUGCAUUAUACUGAUCUCCCACCGGAAAAAUCACCAGCCAUCAAGGCUCCAGAAAAAUGGCCAGUGAGUGGUGUUAUUGAGUUCAGAAAGAUGUCAUUGAUCUACAAUCAAUUCGAAGGAGCUGUUUUGAAAAAUCUCAACUUGAAAAUUGAUGAAGCUUGGAAAGUGGGAAUUGUUGGUCGAACUGGAGCUGGAAAAUCAUCCCUGAUUAGUGCCCUCUUUCGUCUCUAUGAGAUUCAGGGCGAGAUACUUAUUGAUGGGAUAGAUACUGGGAAUAUUUCAUUGGAACAAUUGCGUUCCUGCAUCUCGAUUAUUCCCCAAGAUCCUGUACUCUUUUCAGCCACUAUUCGAUACAAUCUUGAUCCUUUUCAUGCCUUCGGCGAUGCAGAAAUUUAUCGUGUUCUGGAGGAGGUGGAAUUGAAGCAAGUGGCUGAGAAUCUCGAUUAUAUGGUGCUCGAAGGUGGUACAAAUUUUAGUGUUGGUCAGAGGCAGUUGAUCUGUCUGGCAAGAGCGAUUUUGCGCAACAAUAAAAUCUUGGUUCUGGAUGAAGCGACAGCAAAUGUUGAUCCUCAAACUGAUGCUUUAAUCCAGAAGACAAUUCGCGAAAAAUUCAGACACUGCACCGUCUUAACAGUUGCUCAUCGACUGAUCACCGUUAUGGAUUCUGAUCGGAUUAUUGUGAUGGAAGCUGGAGAAGCACGAGAAUUCGACGUGCCCCAUCUUCUGCUACAGAAUGAACAAGGACUUUUGCGCGAUAUGGUGGAAGCAACAGGAACUAGAGAGUCUCAAACUCUCAAGAGAAUAGCCUUAGAUACUUACAAUGCACAGAAGAGUGCAAGUCAGUAACUCAGGAAAGUUACCUCCAGGAACAAAGUGCUUAAAAAAUAAUUUUGUAAAAGGAUACUUUUGUACCGCACCCUAAUAUUUAACUAAUUACUCCUUCAGAGUUAGCCCUAGAUACUUAAAAAAAUUUUCCAAAUCAGUGAAAAUAUUUUGCCACCGGAGUGCCUUAGAAAUUUAAGAAGAAAAACUUACAAUUUUUAUUCAUAUGGAAAUUCAAUGUGUUUAUUUUGCAAAUCUGUGAAAUAUACAGGGAUAAUUCUACUCUAAA